AAUCUUUCCCCAAAGAUCCGCCAUUUCAGCCUCUGAGUUUUAUAUUGCAAAUUACUUAAGAGAUUUCUUUUAAAACGCCUUGACAAAUAAAUUAUAGAUUUCUGGUUGCCACAAUUCAUUCUUAAUUAAGGGGUUAACUGUACUGUUUCGUGGGAGUCUGUGAAAUGUACAUAGAUGUAACGGUUUAAAGCGGUAUCGAUGCCAUGUUUUUUUCCCGGAGCGUGUUCCUUAGUGAACCAAAGUUUUUGUAUGAGUUGAAUCCCGAUUGCGAAUAGGGAGAGGCAAGGGGAAGGCCUUGGAUACUCGGAGUGGAUUUGGAGCCAUGGCCGGGAAUUUUGAUGCCGAGGACCGUGCUAGCUGGUACUGGGGAAGGUUGAGCCGACAGGAGGCGGUUUCUCUCUUGCAGGGUCAGAGACAUGGCGUGUUCCUAGUCAGAGACUCGAUUACCAGUCCUGGGGACUACGUGCUAUCCGUCUCAGAAAACUCUAAAGUCUCACAUUAUAUAAUUAACAGCAUCAGCAACAACCGGCAAUCUGGAUCAGGUCUGGCCCCCCCACGGUUCCGCAUCGGGGAUCAGGAGUUUGACGCCCUACCCGCCCUGCUGGAGUUCUACAAGAUCCACUACCUGGACACCACCACUCUGAUCGAGCCCAUCAGCAAGGCCAAGCAUGCAGGCUUCGUGAGCUGUACCGCCGCUGCAUCAGGCGGCGCCCUACAGGAGGCAGAGUUUGUUCGCGCCCUCUUCGACUUCCCUGGCAACGACGAGGAGGACCUGCCCUUCCGCAAGGGCGACGUGCUGCGCGUGCUGGAGAAGCCUGAGGAGCAGUGGUGGAACGCGGCCAACCAAGAGGGCCGUGUCGGCAUGAUUCCUGUGCCCUACGUGGAGAAGUACCGGCCUGCCUCGCCCAACUCCUUGGUGGCUCCGGCGGCAGGGAGGCCUGGCGGGGCAGGAGGAGUAGGCGGAGUACUGGCAGGUGUUGGAGCCAGCACUACCGACGGAGCAGCUCCCCAGCUGCCCCCACCUCUGGGGGAGCCGGGCCAGUAUGCCCAGCCUGUGGGCAAUACACCCCUGCCCAACCUGCAGAAUGGGCCUGUCUACGCCCGUGCCAUUCAGAAGAGGGUGCCCAACGCCUACGACAAGACGGCCCUCGCCUUGGAGGUCGGAGACAUGGUAAAAGUAACCAAGAUCAACGUGAACGGCCAGUGGGAGGGCGAGUGCAAGGGCAAGCAUGGCCACUUUCCCUUCACGCACGUCCGGCUUCUGGACCACCAACACCCUGAGGAUGAGAGCUGAGAGAGACACUUAGUCUACUCCUCACUUCUCAAAACCCCUCUGUGAUUGUUUCUCACAAAUGAAAGAGCACACAGGAUAUACAGACUACAGUGGUCAGGAGUUGCAACUCAGCAGCUGUUGUUGCCAAUGGGGCUGGAGUACACUCCACUCCCCUCCCUUCACAUACACACAGAAUAGAGUUUACACUUCCACCCCAGUAUUGAAGUCCUGAUACACGACACACAGCAGCGUUUAUGACCCCUCUCCCAUGUUAUUCACGAAAUCCUCCUCUACACACAUACAUACACACGCACACAAUUCAGAUACUUGUGUAUAUGUGGCUUCUCUCACAGACUCAUGGAUCACCCUUUUGUAGUAACGGACUGUGAACUUGACAGUGAGAAGAGUAGCCACCCUGACUCUUAAUUUUGACUCCCUCUUGUGGAGACAGGUGCUCACUGCGACUGAAACCGACCAUUGCUGCACUUCACAGACAGCAGGAGUUACCACAGCACACUCCACUACUCACCACAGGGGCUCUAACCCAGCCCCUCUGCUACAAACCCCACACUACAAACCCCCAAGUCCUCUUUUUGUACUGAAAUGAAAAAUAUUAUGAUAGAAUUAUGACAGGUACAGCAACUGCCAAAAGAAAGGAAACACUUGAGUAAAUGAUGGAUACAAAGUAUAUUGAAAGCAGGUGCUUUCACACAGGUGCGGUUCCUCAGCAAUUCCUAAGCAAUUAACAUCCCAACAUGCUUAGGGUCAUGUAUAAAAUGCUGGGCAGACCCGGUUGCCCAUUGUUUUGGCUAACAUGGCUAUGCCCCCAUAGGAUGACAAUGCCCCCAUCCACAGGGCAUUAAUGGUCACUUAAUGGUUCAAUGAGCAUGAAAACGAUGUAAACCAUAUGAUGUGGCCAUCUGUCACCAGAUCUCAACCCAAUUGUACACUUAUGCGAGAUUCUGGAGUGGCGCUUGAGACCACCAACAAAACACCAAAUGAUGGAAUUUCUCAUGGAAUGGUGUCACAUCCUUCCAAUAGAGUUCCAUCCAGAAACGUGUAUAAUCUAUGGCAAGGCACAUUGAGGCUGUUCUGGCUCAUGGUGGCACAAAGCCCUAUUAAGACACUAUUGACGUUUCCUUUUUUUGGGCAGUUAUAUAUAUAUAUAUAUAUAUAUAUAUAGUACCAGUCAAAAGUUUGGACACACCUACUCAUUCAAGAGUUUCUUUAUUUGUACUAUUUUCUACAUUGUAAAAUAAUAAUGAGACAUCAAAACUAUGAAAUAACACAUGGAAUCAUGUAGUAACCAAAAACGUGUUAAACAAAUAAAAUAUAUUUUAUUUGGCUACUUUGAAGAAUCUUGAAUAUAAAAUAUAUUUUGAUUUGUUUACCACUGUUUUGGUUACUACAUGAUUGGUUACUAUGUUAUUUUAUAGUUUUGAUGUCUAGACUAUUAUUCUACAAUGUAGAAAAUAGUAAAAAUAAAAACCCUUGAAUGAGUAGGUGUCAACUUCUGACUGGUACUGUAUAUAUAUCAUUACAUGCUAAAUAUUAUGUUAAAUGUUUUGUUUUUUCGUUGCCCUGUGUGUGAACAAACCCUCCCGCUUUGUGUGGUCACUGUUAUGCGUCUAUCUGAAACACUAUGAUGACUGUCUGGGGAGGAAGUGGAGACAUUCCUUAGGACUGUCAGGUAUCGGGCCUUCGUCCAGUCCGCCUCAUUGUUUUGAGAAAUGGUCAUAUAAGGAGGGUAUACAGUGGCCAGACAAUGACAGAAAAAUGUAAAUAUACCAACACCGCCCUCUCUCCUCUUUGAUUUGCCAAGUCCCCUCCUCUCCCAUCCUGUCAGUCUCCUCCACCUGUCUCAUUCAUUUGUUACAUGGUCUGAUCCAUUUCCUCCCGGACCUCCCCUAUGCUAAAGACACCUACAGAUUACAGUUAUGUUUUAGUGUACAUAAAGGCCUUUUGGCAGAUGGAACCUGUUAACGUCACAUUUGAAAUGAUGCAGACUUAGUUCCCAGCACUGUGAUGCAUAAGUUCACAUUGUCACACUCGACAGAAAGCCGCAGCCUUAAUCCUUUGGUGUCUCCCCUAGUUUCCCUCCCACGUGGCCGUAGCAAACACAGUAAAUAUACAAACACGUUUUUAAGUUGACUGAAUUCAUUGUUUCUGUCAGCUACGUUUCAACUGGGAGCUCUAAGUUAGGUCUGGGUUGUAAUUCAGUAGGGCACCAUGUUGAAAGUGGUUUAAAAAGUUAUGCAACAGAAAACGAUAUUGAAUGUUUUUAUCGGACAAGUUUGGGUAGUACCUCCCCGUUUCAAAACCUUUCCUCCCGACUGAACAUGACCACGUUAAUUUCCCUAGUGUCUCCCUUUAGUGCCAAUCUAUCAUCCUCUCACCCAGUACCUACCCUCUGGGCACAGUUAUGACACAUCCAGCCACUGACGUGCCAGAUACACCGCAGUAUGCUAAACGUCCUCAUCAGAUGAUUACACUACAUUGCUAAAGGACUGUGGGUGAUCGAUCAUAGUAACAUGGGUAGGUAUAUUGACCAAUCGUAGGCACAUGUGAGUGUUUUAGGCCAAUCAUCUUCAUUUGGGGAGGGUCUGUUUAAUUUGUCCUUUCUACCUCGUCUGAAUUGUUUUAAUUGAUGUUAAUUGUCUUUCCGAAAUAGGAAAAUAACAUGACCUGAAGUGCCAGGCGCAGUUCAUCUGUAUUUUUGUGGAAAUGUUGGUAGAUUUUAUUUCCUUAUUUUUUUUUUUUUUUUUUUUUUGCCAACCGAACAAUUAUAGUCCAAACACUCCUUACUCCCUCAACUAUACCAUGUGGUAUUAUUGUGUAAAUGUGCAUAGUUGCUCAACUUUCCCAACAGUGUAAGAACCUACGUUCCUUCCAAGUCCAUGUCUAUGAAGCUGCAAGACUUUUUAAUAACGCUAAUAGUGAGAAUAUUAAUUACAAGCCCUGUGUAGAUGUUUUCUAUGUUAAAGUUUACAAAGACACUACCGUUUGCUCUAUUGAAGGCAGCACUGAGGGCAAUCUGCAUAACUUGUGUUGGCUGCAGAAUCAUUGUAUUUACGAGACAAUGAACAGUUAAAAUGUGUCUGUAAAAGUUUGAAUGGUUUUAUGCUCUGUAUGUGAUAUAAACAGAGUUCAGUGACAGGAGGAGUAGUAAGGCAAGAGGAUGAUUGAACUAUGACACACUACAGAAAGCACCAGGGUUGUGUUCAGUAGGGUACAAAGUAGCAAAAUGUUUUGCGAAGGGGGUAAAACAAAUAGUUCUUACUGGUCAAGUUCAGGUAGUAGGCUACCUCCCAGUUUCACUGUUUUGUUUUCUCCCUACUGAAUCAGACCACAACCAGACUCGUGUUGCCCGGGUUAAAUAAUAUUUCUAUAUGUUUUAAUGAAUUAGAAAUUAUGCAAUCUGUAUUUAGCAAUGACAGAGAGAGAUUUACACAAAUAAAUGAAUGCCAAACUCAAACUGAAAAUAUGACAUUAAACUGCCUGACCGAGUUCUCCUAUUGCAUAACUUUGAAUUAUUUGUUUAAGUCAAUACUGCAGAUUGGGAAGGGUGCUGUGGACAUGUAUCUGGCACCUCUCAUUUUCCCUUUCUAGUUUUCUUGAAAGGAAACAAAUAAUUGAUGUGCUUUCUGUUGGUCUUUGGCUUUUUAAUGUUGUCCUCUGGUAUGGCACUGAUGGGUAUGUAUUUUACCAUUUAUGUAAGAAGUUGUUGUACUUUGUUUGGUUAACAUUGCUCAAAUGUUCUCGAACAUUUCCUACCAACACCAUUCUGCAAUGUGUUGCCAGUUGAGCCAGGUCAUGUUGUGUCUGUUGUACUUGCAUGUUGCAUCCAGUGACACCUGUCUGUCAUCCAACCAUCUCAGGCUUGCCUUGAAGAGACUGUCUCCAUUUCAUAGAGGGCCAUGAUCAUAUGAUACCGUUUUGUCUAGUGGAGUAUAGGCCAGUCAGGUGAAGCAACUUUCGCCUUUGGACCAACGAAUACUUGGAUUUUAAUGAGUGAUUUUAAAAUGGUGUCCUUUCACAAACAUUUUUCAACGUUGAAUCCCUUUUCUGCACCUUAUCUCUUAUAUUGCCUCUGUUACUGAUGAUUGUUUUUUUUAUGCCUCAUCAUCAUUCAUGCCAAACUGUUUUCAUUCUCCUGUAUUUUUGUAGGUAAUUCCACAGAAACGGAAUUACGCUGAGACUCUGGUUUUAAAAAAUAAAGAAAUGUUAUGCCAAACAAAAAAUAUUUUAUUUUUAAGUUUAAUAACAAACCAUACAACUAUGCACAAUGACUAAUUUGAACAAUUUAAACAGUAAAUUACAACAACAAAAAAACAUUUACUGGAAAAACUAUCUGCACAGUUCUUCCUGUAAAUAUUUUUUGUAAAAAUGUAUAAGUAGUCAUUGUGCAUAGAGUUUGUAUGGUUAAACUUUGAAAUGAACUUUUGUUUGGUAUACAUUUUUUUAAGUGAAAUCUCAGCGUAAUUCCAUUACAUGAAAUUUCCCUAUCCCAAUUUUCUUUUUGUGCCAUCCCUUUUCUUUUGAAGAGGACAGGAGUGGGUGAAAAUAUAAAUAAUUGAUUUUAAGAUGUUCCAUUGUGAUAUAACACUAUUAUUUGAAGUUCACAUUUUACCUUUUAUUUUCUGUAGCAUGUAAUGUGUUAAUAUCCUUAGUAAAUAAAAACCUAUUACAAUUGUGUCAA